CGCCUUCCAUUCUUCAGCAAAAUGCGUGUUUUUCUCGCCGUCUUGAGCAUUGCAUCUGCCGCGUCUGCAACCUUUUUCCAAGACUGUGGAUCUGUGGCUUCAGAUGUGGUGUUCAAUUUGGAAGACUGUAAUGCAGUGCCCUGUCUCCUGGAGCGUGGAAGGACAUACGCUGUUAACUUCAUAUUUACUACAAGCGAGGCCUCGACCAGCCUGAAGAUCGGAGCCUCAGCGAGCAUCGGAGGCAUCAACGUCCCCUGGCCUGGCGUGGAUACCGACGGGUGCGCGUGGCUGGAAGGGACGUCCACCCCUUGCCCUUACGCCGCCGGGGCACGCGUCGACUGGACCAUGCAGGCGGAGGUUCUCAGUGAAUACCCCGCGAUCUCCUCUGUGGCUACCUUCAAACUCAUUGACGACCAAGGUGUGUUCCAGACAUGUGCUGCUGUGCCCUUCACUAUUGUAUGAUUUUGUAAAGUUUAUACAUUUAUACACACAGUUAGAUAAUUGAUCAUGCAUGGGAAGAAGUUCUCUAUGUGUUUGUAUGAAUGUAUAUAAAGUCGAUUUUCUUUUCUUUACACUUUUAUGUU